AGCUAUAUCCAAUCCGGAAUAUAUUGUCAACUGUGUUGUUUAUAUCCAGUAGCGUAAGGGAUUUGCUGUUCAGUGGCGCACUAACGUUUUAAAGUGUGGUGGCAAACGUUACAUAUUUAUUGUGACACGAAUCCCUGCAGUGAACAGGAAGGCUUAAACCGUUACCUGUCUAAAUUGUAAAGCUCGAAAUGUCUGGGAGAGGAAAGUCCGGUGGGAAGGCCCGAGCUAAGGCCAAAUCUCGCUCGUCUCGUGCGGGCCUCCAGUUCCCAGUUGGCAGAGUUCAUCGGUUACUGAGAAAAGGGAACUACGCGGAGAGGGUCGGGGCUGGCGCCCCAGUCUACCUGGCCGCAGUGCUCGAGUACCUUUCGGCUGAGAUUCUGGAGUUGGCUGGUAACGCUGCUCGUGACAACAAGAAGACCCGCAUUAUCCCACGGCACCUGCAGCUCGCUAUCCGAAAUGAUGAGGAGCUCAACAAGCUGCUGGGAGGUGUGACCAUUGCCCAGGGGGGUGUGCUGCCCAACAUUCAGGCUGUACUGCUUCCCAAAAAGACUCAAACCGCAAAGAAGUAGUUCUGAUCGUAGCACAUAAUGCUGAUCACACCCUUAAAAGUUUGUGUAAUGAAAGUCCACUCUUUUCUUAUUUGUUUUUCAUAGUAUAAAUUUGCUGGAGUUUGUGCACGUUUAGGUCCCUUAUGUGGAUUUCUAAGUAUUGGGUAUAGCAUUCCCUUGUUUUUGUAUUUAACUGUGAAGAAUGCCAUUUAAACGUGUAAGAGAAUAUUUGGUUAUGACAGCAUUGACAGAGCAGGAAAAACGUUCAUCGUAUUCGUAUGAUUUAACCCAGCAGAAGGAAGGCGCGUAACAUGUCCAGUUCGUGCGGCUUUUAUUAUAAGCUGCUUAGGAAAGUGGGAUGCAGAUAUUGCCUGCUUAACGCUGUUAAAUUCUUGCAGCACCAUUAAAUUCAAGGAGUUUGCCAACCUAUAAUAAUCUACCCGCACCGAGGAUAUGAACUAAGUUGAGAAGUUUACUUGGACUAAGAUGUGAUUUUCUUUGUGUUUUGCGUUUAUUAUAUUACUGUAAUACAGUACCAUUUACCUAAGCAUACUUUUCACUUGACACAAAUGUUUCCUAUAAAUCUGUAUAAAGCGUGGCUUUUUGUGAAGUCCUUACAGAGGAGUUAACAUUUCUGCCCAACUGCUGUUAAGUUAUUUGGUUGCAAGGUGUUGCAGAAUUUGCUGUAUUCCAGACUUCCACUUUUUACGCUGUUCUGCACUUUAUUAAAGUUUAUACGAGUGAACAUAUGCACUGGUUUAUUAAUCUUGAUUUUGUCUACACUUAAUUUUUGUGUGUAUAUUUCAACAAUAUAGGAGAGAAGUGCAUUUUUCUUAUGUUUAAAAUAAAUUAUAUAAGCUUUGUUACACAGA